AUACUAAGUGGUGUAUGUUUUUCGCUGAGUGGUUACAAGAAUCCAAGACGUGGUGAACUUCGUACUAAAGCGUGUCGUAUGGGGGCAUUGUAUGAGGCUGAUUGGACGCCGUCAUGCACGCAUCUGAUAUGUGCCUUUCCGAAUACACCCAAAUGGCGACAAGUCGGACCAUCGGGCAUAGUUGUGACUGAUAAGUGGAUCGAUAUGUGUUAUAUGAGGAAGAAACGACUUCCGGAAAAACAUUUCCCUCUGACAUUGGGUUGA